CAUUUAUUCCGCGUUGGCCUGGACGUGGCACCGAGGAGGAGCUGCGCCCACUCCGGUUCUUCUCCGCCUGCCCCCGGUAUUCUCCCGGUGUUCUCCCGGUGUUCUCCCCGGCUCUGCCCCGCCGCUGCUCCCGGACCGACUGGCCGACCUCCUCCCGCUGCUGAACCGGGACAUUCCAGUAAAAUGGGGCUGACGAUCUCGAGUCUGUUCUCCCGGUUCUUCGGGAAGAAGCAGAUGAGGAUCCUGAUGGUGGGUUUGGACGCAGCUGGAAAAACAACGAUCCUCUACAAACUGAAGCUCGGAGAGAUCGUCACGACCAUCCCGACGAUCGGUUUCAACGUGGAGACGGUCGAGUAUAAGAACAUCUGCUUCACUGUCUGGGACGUCGGUGGUCAGGACAAGAUCCGACCUCUGUGGAGACACUACUUCCAGAACACACAGGGUCUGAUCUUUGUCGUGGACAGUAACGACAGAGAGAGAGUAGCCGAGUCUGCGGAGGAGCUCAACAAGAUGAUCCAAGAGGACGAGUUGAAGGAGGCUGUUCUUCUGGUGUUUGCUAACAAACAGGAUCUUCCGAACGCCAUGGGAGUCACUGAACUCACCGACAAACUGGGUCUGCACAGCCUGCGCAGCAGAACUUGGCACGUUCAGGCCACUUGUGCCACGCAGGGUACGGGUCUGUACGAGGGGCUGGACUGGUUGUCCAAUGAGCUGUCGAAACGCUAGACCACCUGACAGGAAACAGGAAGCGACUGUCACCGUGUACAGACGGAGGAGGAGGAACAUUUUACAGGACUGACUUUGUUUUUUUAAAUUAUAAAUGUGUCUGUAGGAGGAAGUGAUGUCACGGACUCCGAGCUCACCUGUUCUUCAGAUGUUUGUUAGAUCUGUUUUUCUUUUAAUCCGCAUGUUUUAACUGAGUCAUGGUUGAGUGCAUCGGGAGGGGCGGGGCUACCUGCAGGGGGCGGGGCUACCUGCAGGUGACGUCACCUGUCGUGUAAUGAAUGAUUCCACGGAGCCGACCCUGAAGGCCUUGUCAUUCCUUAUCAAUGUGAAGAAGAAGAAACAGACUGAUGAUGAUGAUGCAAUAAAUGUUUUUUCUUCACCUGUU